GUCAUCUCCGCGCGCUAGCGCCGCGGGGACCUGUAGGGGGCGGGAGGUGCUGGCGGCGCGUGAUCCUGGGGCCUUUCUGCCGCGCGCAUAGGGCUAAGGCACUGAUGUUUGAACGGGAAGCUUCAAAAAGUUUAAAAGUGUCUUCAGCAUGGCUUUGAAGCACACAAGCUAGAAAUCACCCCAGAACGGCGCCGUCCGUCAGCACGCAUCUCCCCUAUUGCGCUUUCCUGGCGAGGUCUUUGAAGGGGUCAUUCUGCAGAGAGCCAUAGAGCUGAUGCUCACGGGACCAGAUUAGCGGAGCUGGCUUUCCUGGUAGAAUUCUCUGGCUUCAUUAUCUUCUCUCCCAGGGUUCUCAGAGGCACCCAUGGAACUGAAGGGCUUGCCAAGAGGGAAGUGGCACCUUCCUGUUGAAUGAAAACAAAGCAAGUGACAGUUGUGACCGAAAACACUUAAGACCUCCCACAUCUGGACUCACCGGAUCGGGGACACGGAGGAGCGGUCACUGCUGGGGAGGAAGAAGCCACGACCGGAGGAGAAAAUCCAAAUAAAGAGCAUGAGUGCGACCUGAAAGUCAAUGGCCACCUCAACAGAGAGGAAGUCAGCCUCCUGGUGGAAUUACUUCUUCCUCUACGAUGGUUCAAAGGUAAAGGAAGAAGGCGACCCAACAAGAGCUGGCAUUUGUUACUUCUAUCCUUCUCAGACCCUGCUUGACCAACGGGAGCUGCUCUGCGGCCAGAUUGCCGGGGUGGUCCGCUGUAUCUCUGACAUCUCGGGCACUCCUCCCACUCUCAUUCGGCUGCGGAAACUGAAGUUCGCUAUCAAGGUUGAUGGAGAUUACCUUUGGGUGCUGGGCUGUGCUGUGGAGCUCCCGGAUCUCAGCUGCCAGCAGUUUCUGCAUCAGCUCAUUGGAUUGUUUAGCUUCUACAAUGGACCUGUUUCUCUGGCUUACAAGAAUUGUUCUCAGGAGGAACUGAGCACCGAGUGGGACACCUUCAUUGAGCAAAUUCUGAAAAACACCAGUGAUCUGCAUAAGAUCUUCACUUCCCUCUGGAACUUGGACCGGACUAAAGUGGAGCCCUUGCUCUUGCUGAAGGCAGCCCUCAUCCUGCAGACCUGCCAGCGCUGCCCUCACGUGCUAGCCGGCUGCAUCCUCUACAAAGGCCUGAUUGUGAGCACCCAGCUCCCACCCUCUCUCACGGCCAAGGUCCUGCUUCAUCGAGCUGCACCUCGGGACCAGAGAAUACCUACAGGAGGGGAUGCCCUGCGGGAGCGUGGAGCCGUCCUGCCCCCGAAUGUCCAUAUCAUGCCUGUUUUCGUGACGGAAGAGGAAGCUGCCAGUCUCCAUGAGUUCCCCGGGGAGCCUGUGACCAGCCCUCCUGCAUCUCCAGCCGGACUCCAGGGGUACUCUGCUCGGCAUCCUCCCAAGGGUUGCAGCCCCUCCGCCCUGAAAGAAGACCGGCACGAGGAGGCCGUGGCCUGGCCGUGGGCAGCCACCCCGGAGCCCAGGCCCGCUGACGCCACGUGGCCAAAUGGCAGUGGGGAGAGUGGACACCCCUCCGACCGUGGCCCGGAGAGCGCCCAACCUGCAGACCCGCAGGCCACUGCCAGGCACCAGAGUCCUGGCCUCCGCCGCUCCCCAGUGACGGGGAGGGAACCCGGUUGGCCCAGGGGGAAUGAGGAGCUGGACUUGUCUGAAAUCCACAUUCCAGAAGCUCGGGAAACGGAAACAGCCUCCGGUUCUCCUGCCUUCUCCAACGGGUGUGUCCCAGACGGUGGUGGUCCUUGUCCCAAGGAAUCUGUCAGCAACUCUGGUGGCCCGGAACCCAAGGAGGCGCUGCCUGGGGACACAGCCAUGGCGGGCCUCCCCUCCCCCUCUGCUCCUGACACGCUCACCCAGAACGGAGCCCUCGAGCAGCACGAAGACCUCUCAGGGGACAGCAGCCCCGCCCCACUCCCCAGAAGUACAAGGAGGUCAUCGUCAUCGCCUCGCCCAGGUUCAAGGCAGAGAGGAACUAAGCUUCCGGAGGGGGGAGAAGGCACGGAGCCAUGUGCGGAUGGGGUUCAGGAGGGCCGUUCGGCCCCCAGCCUGGAAUGCCCCUCGGGCUGUGCAGACCUUCCAGACGACAGCCCCUCCACAGACAGCACUGACCCCGGGGCGACCCCAGCGUGCCAGGGAGAACUCGUGCGCGUGAACCUCUACACUCACAGUGUCAAAGGGCUGGUGCUGUCCCUGCUGGCCGAGGAGCCACUGCUGGGAGACGGCGCCGCCAUCGAGGAGGUGUUCCACAGCAGCCUGGCGUCCCUGAACGGGCUGGAGGUCCACCUGAAGGAGACGCUGCCCAGGGACGAGGCCACCUCCUCCAGCAGAACCUACAACUUCACGCAUUACGACCGCGUUCAGAACGUGCUGACAGCAAACCUGCCUCAGGCGGCCACACCCCAGGACCGCCGCUUCCUGCAGGCUGUCCGCCUGAUGCACUCAGACUUCGCCCAGCUGCCCUCCCUGUACGAGAUGACCCUCAGUAGCAGAGCACAAGGAAUGCCUCCACGGCCGUGUACGCCUGCUGCAACCCCGUCCAGGAAACCUAUUUCCAGCAGCUGGCGGCGGCCCCGCGGAGCUCCGGCUUCCCCAGCCCCCAGGACUCCGCCUUCAGCCUCCCGGGCAAAGCCAAGCAGAAGCUGCUGAAGCACGGGGUGAACUUACUGUGAACUGGGCCUCGGGGGGAAGGCCUCCCCAGGAUGACUAUCAAACGCAGUGCCCACUGAGGAAGCUCUGCCUUUUAAACAGAAAAUACCCCCUGUUCAUUUUCCCGGGAAUGCUCCUCUCUAGGAAGUUAUGACGUUGGAGUGUUGGAUGCUCCUUUAUAGAUUGGAGGGGACGGGGUAGUUCUUCGGGUCCGCAGACCCGGAGCGCGUGAUAAAGACCUUGAUUCACCGGCAGUGCUGGGCCAGAACAGGCACUUCAGCUCCUUGUACCAAAGAGGUUCGGGGCCGGUUAGAUCUGUCACUGGGCUGAGGCGCCCGACAUCUGCCGCUGGUCCAUCCCAGCCUUAACAUGGCCACAGAAUUCAGGUGGCAUUCUUUCUAAAACGUGGUUGUCCCGAGCAUUUUCCAGCCCUGCCUGCAGGGGGCGAUAUGAGGUGUGAGCGCUCUGAGAGGUGGCAGGUUUGUUAGCAAGCUGCCUGGCACACCACUUCCCAGAGAGAUUGUCUUCUGAGUGGUGCUCCUGGGAGGGAGGGCUGGGACAGUCGGGGCAGGGGGUGGGGGGUGGGAGCCACCUUGUCUGAAGUAUCUUGGAACUAGACUCAAAACUAAGAGCCCAGCCCUGGCCAGUUUUGCUCAGCAGAUAGAGCGUCAGCCCAUGGACUGAAGGGUCUCGAGUUCGAAAUUCCAGGUUGCAAGCUCGAUCCCGGCAGGCUGCAUGCGGGAGGCAACCAAUCAAUGUGUCUCAGAUCUGGGCUUUGCACCGCGUCCUCUUGAGUGAGUGUCCCCAAAUGGGAGUUUCCAAAAUGUUCUGGGGCAAAAGCAGAUCUGUGCUUCUGUGUGGCUGUGUGUGAGGGAACCACAUUCAUUUGUGUUUCGUGUCUAUUACGUCAUAGUCAGACAUGUUAUGAAAUGCGGUGCAGAUCAUAGGAUGAAGCUAUGUACCAAAGUCUCCUCAGUGUUUACUGAAAGAUUCCAUUGGAAAACUGCGAUGUCAAUAACUGCAUCUCAUGUGUAUGGCAUGGUGUCUUUUUCUUGAAACAAGUUUCCAAAGGCUAAAAUAAAACAGCCAAAAUUGCCA